GGUGCAGGCCCAGCCUGGACGGGAAAGUGGGCAGAGGUCAUCUUGUGCCGGCACUCUGGAGAGGAAGUCUGGCGAAUGAAGGCUCUCUUGGGUCUGGUCCGCAGAGGUGGUUUGUGCGCCCCCCACUGCCUAUAUCGACUUCGCGCGGCAGAAGCUGGACCCCAAGAUUGCCGUGGCUGCACAGAACUGCUACAAAGUGACGAAUGGGGCCUUUACCGGGGAGAUCAGCCCGGGCAUGAUCAAAGACUGUGGAGCCACGUGGGUCGUCCUGGGGCACUCGGAAAGAAGGCAUGUCUUUGGGGAGUCAGACGAGCUGAUCGGGCAGAAGGUGGCCCAUGCUCUGGCAGAGGGACUCGGAGUGAUCGCCUGCAUUGGGGAGAAGCUAGACGAGAGGGAAGCUGGCAUCACCGAGAAGGUGGUUUUCGAGCAAACCAAGGUCAUCGCAGAUAACGUGAAGGACUGGAGCAAGGUUGUCCUGGCCUACGAGCCAGUGUGGGCCAUUGGCACGGGCAAGACGGCAACACCCCAACAGGCCCAGGAAGUGCACGAGAAGCUCCGGGGAUGGCUUAAGUCCAACAUCUCGGAUGCCGUGGCUCAGAGCACCCGGAUCAUUUAUGGAGGUGAGUUCCGUGACCGGGGCGACUUGCAAGGAGCUGGCGAGCCAGCCAGAUGUGGAUGGCUUCCUCGUGGGUGGCGCCUCCCUCAAGCCCGAGUUCGUGGACAUCAUCAAAGCCAAACAAUAAGCCCACCCGCCUCCCCUGCCCUUCCUGCCGAGCCAGGGAGUGGGGAGCCCAGAAGCCCCCCCGCACACGCUUCUGAUGGUGUCAUCUGCCCCCUCUUGGCCUCAUCCAAACUGCCUUUCCUUUACCAUUUACACCUUCCCCUGUAACGGUUGGGACCAGGCCAAACCCUUCUCCACUCGCGAUGACAAACGUGUUACCAAGGUGGCUUCUCCUUGGCUGGGUCAUGGAAGGGGUGGAAUGUGUUGACGGGUCCUCCCGGGCCCCAUGAAGGCAGGAGAGAGAAA